AUGAGGUCUGAAAAGGAGCAGAGGACAGGAAGCAGGGAGAGAGGCAGCGUGGAGAUCCAGUUCAGAGAGUGUCAGAGGGAGCAGGACAACGUCGCGGUGAACCCGAGGCACAAGGAGGAGAAAAAGGAGAUCUUCACCAAGGUAAGCCAAGAGUAUCCAGCUGUUGUAGAAUUUGCUCCAUUUCAGAAGGUUUCCAAGAAAAAGUUAAAGAAGAAAGAUGCCAAAGCAGGAACUAUUGAAGAAGACCCAGAAUACAGGCGAUUUCUGGAAAAUUACUCUUGUGAUGAGGAGAAAUCAAUGGCAAAUCCAGAAACACUCCUGGGAGAGAUUGAAGCUAAAACCCGAGAACUCAUAGCCAAAAGGACAACACCUUUGCUGGAAUACAUCAAAAACAAGAAAUUAGAGAAACAGAGAAUAAGAGAGGAAAAAAGAGAGGAGAGGCGAAGGAGGGAACUGGAAAAAAAGCGACAGAGGGAGGAGGAGAAGCGGAAGCGCAGAGAAGAGGAGAGACGAAAGCGAAAGGAGGCUGAAAAGCAAAAGAAGCUCUCUGAAAAGGAGAUAAAGAUCAAGCUUUUGAAGAAAUGUGAUCGAGACGAUGACGUGGACUCAGACAGACUGAAAGAUAAAGGAGACAGCGGAGAAACGGAGAAGAACAGAUGGGAAAAUCCGGCAGGACACACUAAGUCAAAGGAUUCCAAGGAUAAUAGGAGUAAAAUCGAGAGUGACAAGGAGCAGCGGGAAGGUCACGGCCGUCGCCAGAGGGACAAAGAGCAUCGCGGCAGAGAUGAGGAGCGCAAACGACAGAGGCAUCACUACGAAUUUGACAAAUUCAUGCGACGCAAGGAGGAGACCAAAUGGGGUAAAGGCUACUGCCAGGACAGAGCCAAGAAAGACCAACAUCAUGGCUAUUCUUACUGCCCAGAGACCGGAGACAAACUGGGCAAGGAGGAUCGAGAGGACAUGGGCAGCAGGAAAGAACGGAUUCGCAAUAAGUCUGUGUUAGUGCAUCAGGAGAAAAGGACUUCCCAGUCUGAGGGGCCAGACCAGAUAGGAGGGGCUCUGCCAGCAAAGGACCGACCGGCAAUGCAGCUGUACCAACCUGGUGCUAGAAACCGCAAGCGAAUGGGCUCUGGAAACAAGACAUUUGACUUCCCACCAAUCUCUCCUGAACACGGAGGAGAACACUGCUACAAGACGGUCAUUGGUACAGGCUCAGAGAAGUGUGCCGAUGAGUGAAAAAAAGACCAAGACAGGAAGAAGUCUACUUUCAGAAGCAAGGGUCAUGCCAGUAUAGAAAGAACAGUCAAGAUCAACCUUUUUUUUCUGUCUCUUGAAUCUAUGUGUGAGUAUAGUGCAUUGAAAUCCCCACUUAAUAUUUUAUACACAGUCAGCAGUGUCAUAAAUCUAAACUGAUCGGCUUCUGAACGCUUAUCAAGGAUUCACACCACUUCAGUGACAACAAUACCUCAGAUCAGAUUUGUAUGCCUUUUGUAGUGCAAGAAAUGGAUUCCGUUAAACAAAAGAAUAUAGAUUAUAUAUAUAUAUAUAGAGAGAGAGAGAGAUUUUACUGUAAAAAAAAAGCUGUAUGUGUUGUGAAAUCUGUAUUUUAAAUAUAUGUAAUGUGGGAUGGGGAACAGAGACAUAUUUUUUCUUUAGGAAUAUAAAAAUGCUACAUUGUAUUAAUGAAACAUUUAAGCAUGCAACUCUUAAUUUUUACACUUCU